AGGCAGGCUGAAUGGUAUAGAAUAUAGAGAAGGAGGUGGGCAAAUGAUAUAGGGGAGGAAAUGAAUGAGUGAGUGAGUGAGCGAGAGAGAGAGAGAGAGAAGAUAAAAGAUGGAAGUGGGAGGGCAUUAUUCAUUCAGCACAUGCUGAUUUCUUUGACUUGGACACUCACCAAAAAGUGAACGAGAGAGAUAGAGAGAGAGAGAGAGAGAGAGAGAGAGAGAGAGAGAGAGAGAGAGAGGAAGAGAGAGAGUUUUGAAGGGUUCAACUAAGUUUUAAGACUGUGUGUGUGUGUGUGUGUGUGUGUGUGUGUGUACACCAGCCAGGCUGUGAGAUGGAGAGAAAUGGAGAGGUGCAAGAACAGAUGGAAAGACCAGAGACGCUCACAGAUGGUGAAAGAGCUACCAUUCAAAACACCUGGGCAAAGGUGUAUGAGAACAAAGAAGCUGCAGGAGUCGCAGUGCUUAUGAGGCUCUUUACAAGCUUCCCCUCAGCAAAGCAGUUCUUUAGCCAGUUCCGGCACUUAGAAGAUCCUGAGGAGAUGCAGGCAAGCACCCAGCUCAGGAAACACGCGCUGAGGGUGAUGAGUGCACUCAACACGUUGGUGGAGAACGUCCAUGAUGGAGAGAAAACAGCAGCAGUGCUCAAACUGGUGGCCAAAUCACAUGCAGUGAAACACAACGUGGAGCCAGGGUACUUCAAAAUCCUGGCUGGAGUUAUUCUAGAAGUGCUGGUGGAGGCCUUCCCAGAGACCUUUGAUACAGAGGCCCAGGGGGCGUGGUCUAAACUGAUGGCAGUGGUCUAUUGGCACGUUACACAGGUGUAUGCUGAGAUCGGGUGGGGUUCCAUCAACAGCACUGCGGAAUGAGAGAGAGAGAGAGAGAGAGAGAGAGAGAGAGAGAAAGAGAGGGAUUUCCUUCAACUGCUUGGUUUGGCUGGGACUACAAAGCAUCUGCAGGGCUGCAAAGAACACGUCUAACAUACAUUAGAACAGAAAGGCCUGAGGCCAGUUUUAUAUCAUUCAGCUGACUCUCUGUGGGAACUGAGUCUGCAGAGGUGCAAUGAGACUGUGCAUUUCUGUGUAAUCAUUUAAAUUCACCAAAGAAUAUACACAUGGACUGGGUGUGUGUGUGUGUGUGUGUGUGUGUGUGUGUGAGAGAGAGAGAGAGAGUGAGUGAGAGAGAGAGAGAGAGAGAGAGGCAGGUAGAAAGGAAAAAUACUCCACCGUUCAAAAGUUUGGAAUCACUUGUCAUUUUACUACUUUUUUAAACAAUAAUAACCUAUACAGGGUGGAUUUAAAUAAACUAGACCACAAACAGUAUUUUUAGACAUUUUUUUAAAUAUUUCAAUCAUUCUGGUAAAAUAUUCGAAUAAUCUAUUUUUGUAUAAUUAUCUCUUUUUUUAUCAAUUUAUCUGCCUCAAGAUUUUGAAAUGAUUUGAGGCUUCUGGAUAUUAAUUUUAUUAUACAGUCAUUUGCAAAAGUUUGUGCA